AAAUACGAAGAGAGUUGGAGACGGCCGGCACCAAGAGCAUCAAUAUAUCAAUAUAUAUACACAUACGCGCCGAAAUUAAAAUUCCCGCGAGACGUGGACAGGCACCAAAAAUCUGCGAAAGUAAAAAAAGAGGAAGAAAGAAAGAAAAAAAUUAACGAUCACCGUCACCGUCACCGUCGUCGUCAUCGUCACCGUCGUCGUCAUCGUCCCUGGCGUUCUUACACCUUAUCAAAAGCAAUCUUCUUCUGAAAAUUCAUGAGGGUUCGACCUCGACCUAACAGCGGCCCCAAUUCGAAACUCGCCGUUUCACCCUCCUAAAUUCCCAUCUCCAAACCCUAAUUCCACAAAUUUCCAACUCAAUUCCGAAUUUCUCCGCCGUCGUCGUAGUCCGCUGCCAUGUUUCCGUGGAACAUCGCGAAGUCAGCGGAGGCGAUGUUCUCGCGGUGGGCCGUGAAGAGAGUAUGCAAGUUCCUGUUAAAGAAGAAAUUGGGGCAAUUCAUAUUGGGCGACAUCGACGCCGACCAGCUCGAUGUCCAGCUCUCCGAGGGCACCAUUCAGCUCAACGACCUCGCGCUUAACGUCGAUUUUCUUAAUCAGAAGUUCGGUGCAGCAGCAUCCCUGAUAAUAAAAGAAGGAUCUAUUGGCUCCCUGGUAGUUAGAAUGUCUUGGAAGGGCAAAGGUUGCGAGGUUGAAGUGGAUGAACUUGAGCUGGUGUUAAUUCCAUGUGCAGAGUAUAACUCACCAGCUAGUGUCGAAAGUUGUAACAUCCAUAAGGAUGGCAACCCAGGGAAGUUAGAUGGUGACAUGGCAGACGAUGGUGCAAAAUCUGCUUCCAGGGAUGUGCAUGAAGGUGUUAAAGCAAUUGCAAAGAUGGUAAAGUGGUUUCUCACGAGCUUCCACGUAACCAUAAAAAGGUUAAUUGUUGCAUUUGAUCCUUGUUUAGAGAAGGAUGGAAAGACAUUAGGGUGUUCCUCAACCUUGGUGCUCCGAAUUUUAGAAACUGAAUGUGGAACAUGUGUUUCUGAAGAUGAUAGUCAAAAUUCUGAUGCAAGAUAUGACAACUUUCUUGGGAUUAGUCAAUUGACCAACUUUGUCAAGUUUCAAGGAGCAUCACUUGAACUGCUUCAAAUGGAUGAUGCUGAUAAUCAAACGUGCAUUCCGUGCCAGUCAGAAAGAACAUUUGAUGAAUUCUUUCCAGGGUGCCGUCCACCGGGUGCUACCACACCAAUAUUGGUUGGGAAAAGAGGUGGAUUUUCAGGGAAUAUAAGAUUAAGCAUACCUUGGAAGAAUGGGUCUUUAGACAUCCGUAAAGUAGACGCAGAUGUUUCUAUUGAACCUGUAGAAUUAAGAUUUCAGCCCAGCACAAUUAAAUGGAGUUUACUUGCUUGGGAAAAAUAUAAAAGUCUGGUGAAAGACAGGAGCAAUCACAAACCAGCAGAUUCUGUUUAUCUUGAUUCAACAUCUCACUGUAUUUCACCAAGGUCAUUUUGUUCUACAGCAGAUAAGUUGACCCAAAAUUGUGGUAGUUUUCCCACCCAAUCCUCUUCUUUUACACUACAAGAAUCAGUGGCUGAAGCUCUGUUACCUAGGUCACAUAUUAUAUCAGAUUGGGUACCCUUUUUCAUCCAUCAAAAUAAUAGGGAUGGUAUUGAAGAACUUGAUUUUGAGGCAAGUGUGGAUCAGUUUUUUGAAUGUUUUGAUGGAAUGAGAAGUUCCCAAUCAGCAUUAGGUAACAGUGGGAUGUGGAACUGGACGUGUUCUGUUUUCACUGCUAUCACAGCUGCAUCAAGCCUUGCUUCUGGAUCUUUGCAUGUUCCACCUGAACAGCAGCAUGUUGAAACAAAUCUUAAAGCAGCUUUAGCUGGGAUUUCUGUCGUAUUUUCAUUUCAAGAUGAAAAAGAGACGCAUUUUUGUGAUUCUAAGGGGGUUGAUUCAGAUGUUCUGUACCUAGGUGCAGAGUGCCGAGACAUCCUUCUUGUUACGCAGGUAUGCCCUCAAGAGAUAAGGUUCAACGGAACAAUGAAGUAUAUCGAGGUUGCUAAUUACUCAAGUUACAAAGAAGAUACCUUUGAGUUUGGCUUUCAAGGGUCUAAUACCAAUAUUAAUGCCCGUACUCUUUCGGUUCAACAUCUUCAAGCUGAUGUUCAAAGUGUCCUUCCUCUGCAUUCCUCAUCUUCUGAAGAUUCAUUUGAAGAGGUUCCAUUUGGGUACAAGAAUGAUGUUGUCAGAACUACAUUGCUUAAAACUUCAGGUGUUACUCACUGUCAAUUUACUGUGAGUUCAAGUACAUCAAAUGUGAGUUUAUGUGGGACAACAUCAUUUUCACUGAAACUGCCACAUCUUGUUUUUUGGGUGGACUUCUCUUUGCUAAAUACACUAUUAGAACUGUCCAAGGAAGUUGGAAAGCCUGUCAAAACGAAUGGUAAUCAGACUGAGUUUCCUUCUGAGAUCUCUAAUAAGAAGCAUGGAUCAUCUCGUGGGGAUCUUAGAAGAUCUUCUAGCCAUGUGAAGACCUUGUCUUCAACAGAUAUUCUGCGAGGUGAUAUAUUGAUUCCUAAUGCAAGGAUAAUUCUCUGUUUUCAUAAAGGUGGUAAAGAUGUUAGAGGCUUCUGUUCCUGGGACCAAUUUAUUGCUCUUGAGUUUUCUUCACCAUCAAAUUUUAACAAAGGUGUUCAAGACCGUGGCCCAACUUUAGAUGCAAGGUCAGAUAAAAGGUAUUCUUCAACAGCCACACAUUCUUUACAUUUGAAUGUUGGUAAUCUGGACACUUUCCUUGUUAGUCCUGCAAGCAAGAAUAUUGCUGGAAUCAGCUCUGGAAACAUGCAGAGGCAGACAUUUGCUGCGAAAAAUAUAAUGUCAGUCAGCAAUAGUACAGGCCUUCUUUCUGUUAUUAGUAUGCUUUGGCAGGAGGGUUAUGUGACUGGUCCUUGGAUAGCAAAGAAAGCCAAGUGCUUAGCUGGUUUUGAGGAAUCAAGGAGCAUUUCUAAAUUUGUCGGAAAAGAUCAUGAAUGUGCUUCAGUAUCAACUGUGAAAGAUUUGCAAGAUUUGAAUUCCCAAACUCGACAGGAGAUUAUCUUGAGCUCUGCGUUUUUCCUAUGUGUUUGUCUACCCUCUGUUUCAAUAAACCUAGACUAUUCUCAAUAUGAAGGUUUAUAUUGUCUUUUAGAUCAAAUGAUAAAUGACUUAAACACGGAUUGUGGUUCAGUCAAUGUUAAGGAAGCAUCUUCCGCGUCUCAGACAUCUAUCCUUGUUAAAUGUGAUUUUGUUGAAAUUUUGAUUAGCCUGGAUGUAAAGGAGAUUGUCAAAAGCUCAAUACAGAGUGAACUUCCUGGUUCGUGGCAUCAGCUAAAACUGAAAAUUCAGAAGCUAGAUAUGCUUUCUGUCUCCAAUAUUGGGGGUAUAUCAGGUGCCAAUUUUUUCUGGCUGGCCCAUGGUGAAGGCAAAUUGUGGGGUUCUGUAACUGGUGUUCCUGAUCAGGAGUUUCUUCUGAUUGCGUGCAGCAACUCAACAUUGAAACGCGGUGAUGGAGGGGGCUCUAAUGCAUUAUCCUCCAGGCUAGCUGGUUCUGAUAUUGUACAUUUGUGGGAUCCCAAAAGUUUCCAUAGUUCUACAUCUGUAACUGUCAGAUGUGCCACAAUUGUUGCAUUAGGUGGUCGCUUGGAUUGGGCAGAUGCACUAUGCUCCUUUUUCAUUAUUCCUUCUGAAAUUGAAGUGGACAAGUGUAACAAAAUGGAUGAAUGUAGUGCAUCUCGCGGAUCUUCCUUUGUUCUUAACUUGGUUGAUAUUGGAUUAAGCUAUGAGCCCUACCUCAAGAAUGUGGUGAUAAGGAGUGAAGCUUCAGAGCCCAUUUUUUCAUAUGUCAAGGAAGAGAUGGGUGAGGAACAUGUUUCUUGUCUUUUGGCUGCAUCUUCCUUGAAUCUUUCAAACUCAACGAGGGCUGGCUCAGUGGAAACUGAUUACAGAAUUAGAGUGCAAGAUCUUGGGCUUCUUCUCCGUGUAAUGUCAAAGCCUGAGGAUGUUGGUGGCAUUUAUAGUGUAGAACAUCUACACAAGAUUGGGUUUGUUAAAGUUGCCAGGGAGGCACUGGUUGAAGCAAUUUUGAGAACUAAUUGUAAUAAUGGCCUUCUCUGGGAGGUAGAAUGUUCAAAAUCUCAUAUCUAUGUGGAAACUUGCCAUGACACCAUGUCCAGUCUGUUUCGUUUAGCUGCCCAACUUCAACAGCUAUUUGCCCCUGAUGUGGAGGAAUCAGUCGUGCACUUGCAGACUAGAUGGAAUAAGGUGCAGCAGAACAAGAGAGCAGAGGUUUUCAUGAUGAAGCAAGGAGCUGGUAGUGAUUCUUUACAAGCAACUUCUCAAUUGCACACUUCUGGUGCAGUUACAGAGAGUGAAACUCAGUUGGUUGGGUUAAUGGAUGAGAUAUGUGAUGAUGCAUUUCUCUCGGAUAAGAAUCAGACCUGCCAUUCUGAGUCACAAAUUUGUAUCUCAUUUGAUCAAGACCUUGGAGAGGCUCAUUAUUCGAGCAUUGCAACUCCUGAUAUUCUCUCGCUUGGUGCACCUUAUGAUGCGUCAGUGCCUGAAUCAGAGUUGGAAAGUAGUCAAACAUCAUUUCUACAAGAAGGUAAUGUUCUGGAGUUAAUAGAAGGGUAUUGUUUAUCUGAUUUACGGCCUCUCUUGGAAUUAUCUGCCAACAGACAAUCAUCCCAUGAGAUUCUAAAAUGCAAAUCCAAGAAUUUCAUAAAUGGAGAUGUUGGAGGAGAAAGUAAUGGAUGGUAUGGUACUUCCAUUCGAGUUUUAGAAGACCACAUUCCCGAAGCGAGUGAAAAUAGUCUGAAAGAAUCUGUAGAAGACAAUCUUCCUUUUAUUGAAGGUACAAAGUGCAAUGAUUUUGGAAAAGCCAUUGGAUGUGUACUUCUUAAGAACAUUGAUGUUAGGUGGAGAAUGCUUUCUGGGUCAGACUGGCACGAUUCUAGAGCAACUGGUCAGCGAUCAGUGGAUUUUAGUGGAAGGGAUGCUACUGUAUGUUUAGAGCUUGCAGUAUCCGGAAUGGAGUUUCAGUAUGACAUUUUUCCUGUCGGUGGAAUCUGUGUAUCUAAGCUUUAUCUUUCAGUUCAAGAUUUCUAGUAUGACAGGAGCAAAGAUGCUCCUUGGAAACUGGUACUCGGAUAUUAUCAUUCAAAGGACCGACCUCGAAAAUCAUCUUCAAAAGCAUUCAAGAUGGACUUAGAAUCUGUCAGACCAGAUCCUUUAACUCCUCUUGAAGAGUAUCGGUUACGUGUUGCACUCCUUCCCAUGCGAUUGCAUCUUCAUCAGUCCCAACUUGAUUUUCUCAUUAACUUCUUUGCGGCCAAGAGCUCUUCAACUGAUCAGUCUUCGGGUGAUCGUCAAGAUGCUGAUGGUUCAAAAAUCUUGCCAGUAAAAAGUAAUGAUGUUGCAGGGCGUAUCAUUGGAGAGGAGGCAUUUCUUCCUUAUUUUCAGAAGUUCGAUAUAUGGCCUAUUCUAGUUCGGGUUGACUACAGUCCCAGCUGCGUUGAUCUGGCAGCAUUAAGAGGCGGGAAGUAUGUAGAACUUGUAAAUCUUGUCCCAUGGAAGGGCGUUGAGCUACAGCUUAAGCAUGUUCAUGCUGUUGGUAUGUAUGGCUGGGGUAGCGUAUGUGAGACAAUUGUAGGAGAGUGGCUAGAAUAUAUUUCUCAAAAUCAGGUUUGUAAAAUACUGCAAGGUCUUCCAACCAUUCGGUCAUUGGUAGCAGUUAGUUCUGGUGCAAGGAAGUUGGUUUCUUUGCCAAUUGAGAGUUAUAAGAAAGACAAGAGACUACUUAAGGGAAUGCAAAGAGGUAUAAUUGCAUUUCUUAGAAGUAUUUCUGUUGAAGCUGUUGGACUUGGAGUACAUUUGGCCGCUGGGACUCAUGAUAUUUUGCUCCAAGGGGAAUAUUUACUUACAGGCAUUCCUUCUGCGUCAUGGUCUGCAGCACAUAAAAUGAAAACCAAUGUUCGAUCAAAUCAACCUAAAGAUGCUCAAGAAGGAAUUCAUCAGGCUUAUGAAAGCCUUAGUGAUGGCCUGGGGAAAUCUGCUUCUGCCUUGGUCCAGACUCCCCUGAAAAAAUACCAGCGUGGAGCUGGUGCAACAUCAGCUUUGACAACUGCUGUUCGGGCAGUUCCUGCAGCUGCUAUAGCUCCGGCUACUGCUUGUGCUAGUGCUGUGCAUUGUGCUCUUCUUGGCAUCAGAAAUAGCCUUGAUCCUGAGCGAAAGAAAGAGUCCAUUGAGAAAUAUCAGGGUCCCCCUCAUCCAAGGGAACAAAACUAAUGGUGAUUAAACUCACGACUGAAAUAUUGAACUAGUUGUAUUCCUGGAGAAGAGGAGAUCAGUAAUGAGCCAUCUAUUCUUGCGUUAGAACUUACGUAUCAUGUGUAGAGUUACCGGAUUCUUUCCAUUGGAGCAAGACGAUCAGGUAGUUUUGUACAAAAUGUAAAUGUCCAAAUAGUGCCCAUAAUUCUUAGCUUUCUGUCUGUUGUAAAUAUUUAUUCAUUCAAUUAUUGCAUCUCAAGGAGCAAGGUUGCUAGUUAGUCAGCAAGAUUUGUUGUGGCUUUGUGAUAGGAUCUUCUCCUCGUAAUCUUUUUUCUUGGUUUUUAUAAGUCUGUUUCGUAUCUUUCUUGAACAAAUCAUUCAUUCAGCUA